CUGUCCAUUGAAGAGGGAUACAGGCUGCCGGCUCCGAUGGGCUGCCCCGUGGCUCUGCACCAGCUCAUGCUGCACUGCUGGCAGAAGGAGAGGAGUCAUCGGCCCAAAUGUACCGAUGUUGUUUCCUUCUUGGACAAACUGAUCCGUAACCCCAGCAGCCUACUGUCACUGGUAGAGGAAAUUCAGAGUCUACCAGAGUCUCCGGGGGAGGAAAUGGACUACCCAAUGUUCAUCUCCAUCGGCGACUGGCUGGACUCCAUUAAGAUGAGUCAGUACAAGAGCAAUUUCAUGGCAGCUGGCUACAACACAUUGGAUUCUGUGGCAAGGAUGAGUAUUGAAGAUGUGAGGCGUAUAGGGGUGGAGCUGAUCGGCCACCAGAGGCGGAUCAGCAGCAGCGUACAGACCCUCCGCCUUCAGAUACUGCACGAACAGGAGAAGGGUUUCCAUGUAUGAGGACACCCUAUAUCACAGCCUGGGAUGGACAGAUAGACAGAUCAGAGGGAAGUGAAGUGUAGACCGCCGGACAGACAGUCUGCAGCCUGUGCCUGAGUCUUAAGGCCUCGUACAGGAGGUCAUUGGACAGACUCAACAGCAGACGGCCCCCCGGUCUCCCUCACAUCCAGUAGUUACAGACUUUUUCCUACUAUACACCCCUCCCUCAGUAUUCCUGGCUUUAAAGACUGGCCCAGGCCCUCACUUAGGGGAAUGUAAUGCCUUGUUGCAGCAGCAGUACUUUGUGUGUGGAGCAACAAUAUCUAGAAAUGUAGAUUUGCAGACCUAAUCUACUGAAUAUCUUUUGACUUUUUUUCUUUUUCGCUCGGAGUUAUGUGCUCAUGUAGUUGCUAUCGGGUGUGCAAUCUAAGAGUUUAUAGAAAUAAUAUAUCCUUAAUAUCUUUUAUGUUGGAGUUUGGAUAAUUUUGUCAUGAAAUUAUUAUUUGCAAUUGUUUUAGUUUACCCUCUCUCCAGAGAAUCUGGUAUGCUAAUACUUGAAGAAAGAAGUAAGAAGCAAGUGACGGCAAUUUCAUGAAUGUUUAAAAAAGUGUAUAGACAAUUAAUCGAUAAUUAUUGUAAUAACCUAAUAUCUAUAUAUGUGCAGUCCUGUAUGUGAAAGCCCUAGUAAAUCUGGAUCUUAUUUAAGAUGUUUUUAUUUAAGAUGUUUAAUUUUAGAUUUGUAUCCAAAUCAGCAAUACAGUAUUAUGCAGUCACCUCAGUAUCUCAGAGAGAUGAAGAAUUGUGCAAUGAGAGCACUCUUGUUGACAUGUAAACAUGAGGCUCACUCCUCAUCCUCCGCCUGAUUUUAUUCUCACAUGCUCAGCUUGCAGAACUGGAUCUGUUGCCUUCAGAUGAAUAACCAUACAAGUCUAUUCUGACAGCUGUGCGAUAAGCCUGAUUUAUUUUGGAUUGUGAAUGUUAUACAUUGCCUGAAAGUACACAAACUCCACUGUCUUAACAUAUGAAUGUCACAGAACUUAGAUAUAGAUAGGAGAGUUUUGAAAGUGUCGGGGAGCUCAACGUGGACUUAGAUGGUUUUUCAGAAUUUGCCGAAAUGCUUUCAUAUACGGUACAUUCAAUGUUUUUUUUUGCCUGCGCACACACACUGAUUUAUUAAUUCUCCUCCAGCCUGUUAUUACUUUGUGGCCAUGUAAAGGUUGUGGCAGUAUGGGAAAUUAGUGUACAUAGACGUGAAAUGAAAACCGUUGGAUUUGCAGUAGAUGAUGUCAAGUUGUCCGAUGUUUGCCAUUAAAAUUCAAAAUAAUUCUUAAUUCGCUAAGUCAGUGGUGAGUAGGCAGUGCUGCAGAAUAUAAGUAGUUAGUAGAGUGGGAAGCAGCGGGAGUAGAUAAAGCCUGGGGAUUUAGAUUUGUGAGCUCAGAGCUGUCCAGCAGGGAAAAGUGAAUGACUUUUAGGACAGCAGAGGGAGAAUGAACACAAACAGCAGCAUCAUAACUCAUGUGUCAUUCAGCAGUAACAAACACAUGCACACACACACACACACACACACACACACACACACACACACACACACACACACACACACACAUGAAAAGAAUGCCUUCAGUCUGAUAACCAUGCAAGAUAGAAACACUUUAAAGUGGUUAAUAAGGACCCAGGACCUAGCCCUUACUUUGAGUAUUUUUCCAUAUUUAAGAGAGCUCUGUUUUAUUCUUACAAAGGAGGUAUUGUUGAAUAAUGUCAAAGGCCAACUGGAUCCAGAGAUCUGUACCUUUCGGUCACAGCGUAGUAAUGCAUCCAGGCCAGUAGGAGUAGGAAAGGUGCACGCACACAUCCAAACACACACAUAUUUGCACACACACAUACUCCGGUCACCACCCCUCUACAGAAUAAGGAGAAUAUCAGAUGCUGUUUGUUUAGCAUGUUCUACUGCUGAGCAAUGUUAGAACGUUCUUUUGUACAAAGUACAAGUAUACUUAUAAUUCUUGUAUUUUAUUUUUCUAUAAUUUCCAAAGAGAUGUUGUAGAUAUUGCACACUGUAAGAAGCAGUUACUGCGAAUAUUUAUUUGCAAAUAAAGAUGAACAGUUCUGG